AUGAAUGGAAAGUUCAUAGUAGGAAAAGCAUGGGAGAUCAUUAGAACAAAUGAGGUGGUGGUCGAUUGGCAUAAAGUAGUUUGGUCUUUAAAGGAUAUACCUCGAAACCAAUUCAUUCUUUGGCUGGCAUUUAGGAAAAGAUUGGAGACAAGAGACAGAAUUAAGAAAUAUAUGAAUAUUCUAGACGUCAAUUGCCCAGUCUGCAUAGUAAAAGAGGAAAGCAUUGAUCACUUGUUUGGGGAGUGCACAUUUGUAUCCAAGUUGUGGAUCAAUUUUGCUCAGAACAUGAAUAUCACUAAAUUUCCAUUAACAUGGAAUGAAAUCAUAAAGCUUGUAAAGAAAAGGGCUAAAGGCGAUAGCUUUUAUGCGAAUGUUUUCAAAUGUUUAUUUCGAGCCCUGGUGUACAAUACCUGGAGAGAAAGAAAUACAAGAAUUCAUAGCAUGAAUAAGAGAAUAGAAGAAAAUGUUUGGGAUAAUAUUGUUUCUGAUGACAACAUUCUCAUACAUACAUGGAGGGGAAUUUCGAUUAAUGAAGACAGUUGA